GUAGAAGGAGCUGAGAGUCAGAGGUGGGGACAAACAUCAGAUUGGGAAGCCAACUCCUGCCCUGCCCUGAUGAAUCUCUUCUGGGUUCUCUGUAAGUUUGGGAAACUGGGAGGGCAACUUGAUCUGGGGAAAAUAAACUCCAUAAUUCCCAUCAGAGCUUUCCUAGGAAUGUGUGUGUUUGUGUCAAAGAUGGAAUUACUCAUCAUUACCAAGAAUGGAAGAGUGGUUGUUAAAAUUAAUGGACUUAGCUGAGAUGGUGAAACUGACAUGUUUUAUCCGGGAAAUUCUGGAGCAUGUGAAGGAACAUGCCCCUGUGUGAGAGGGGGAUCAGCGUGAUUGGUGGUGGUAGACAGCAGGGCGGGAGUGGGUGAUUGUCAAGCUUUGACCCCCCCCCCCCGAGGACUGCAGAAAAGCCAAGCUGUUUUCAACAGACAUUUUAAAAAAUAAACUGAAAUAAGGUCGUCUUCUUCAACUUGUGGAGGACAUUUCAUGAAAACAUCUAACUUCUUUUUUUCCCUUCUUCUUCUUCUUCAUCAUCAUCUUCUAGUACUAUCUGCAAGACAAUAAAGGAUUUCAGUUUAAGAAUGACUGGGUUGCACAACAUAAUGUAAAUGUACAAAUUAAAGAAGUGCUAGUAGAGGGAACAGUGUGAAACACAUGGCAAAGGGCGAAUUUUAUUGGUUUCUCCUCAGCUCUGCAUUCGCACAUGCUUGUUUAAUCUCUUUCAACCCCAUGCACCCUUUUGCACCCAGAAAAAAACCUGCAGCAGAAUAGGAGGUGCUCUGACAUAGAAGAAACUUGGCAAUUAUAUGCCAUUACAUUGACUCUCAUUUAUAUGUGUAUUAUUUUCAUAAUUGGAAACUACCAGGGAUUGCUAGAAAACACACUAAAGCCACUCCAAAGAGGCUGCAGCCAAAAUAGCAGGUCUGGAAAAUUAUUAAAAUACUGCUCUGCCCUUGUGUUUACUUGUUAAAAUAUAUUAUAAACAUAUUGCAUGGAUGUUAUUGCAGGUGCUCUCCUUGCAAAUCACUGGUGUUUGGGUGAUGACAAAGAUUCAGAGCUUUGCACUUCUACAGGUGAGUUUGAGACUGUGCAAGACUGUGUGUGCUAGUGUGUGCAGGAUUGCAGAGAAUGGUAUGUGUUUCUUCCUCUACUCGAACCACAUGUUUAAUGCUAAAUGUUCAUUAUCAAAGAAAGUCAGGGCUGUUUUGUUUCAUCAUCAAGCUUUUGGAAAAUAUGGGAUGUACUAGAGGCUGCCACCCACACUUUCUCAGCUCACCAAUCCCUUCAGCCCUCCAUCCCCUCCACCUGGCUAACCCCUCCUCCAUUUACCCCUCACUCACCCCCUUGCCUAUCCCCUCAUAUCUUGCCCAAACCUCCCCCCCCCCUUUCAGCUUGGCUGAACCCUCCUUCCCUCACAUUCUGACCAUUUACUAAAGCUAUUCUGACUUUCUCUCACAUCCUGCACUGCCUGCUUUUAAACGAGGCCAGGAGGGGCUUUAGAGAGCAAAACCACUCUCUGAAGGGCCUCCCAUCCUCAUUUAAGCAGCUCAUGUGGGCUGGAGCUAGAGAGUUGUUUUAUCCUUAAAACCCUAUUGGAAAAUUGACAUAGGAUCGCCUCAUAAGAUAUAUUUUGCUUACCUAAAUAUUCAUCUUCCAUACCCUUUUAAUAAGUAAUUUGAGAGUCUACAACCCCAGAUUUCUAAAUAAAAAUUGAGGUGUGUUAAGAUGCUUUAAAUUAAAUUAAAUAAAUAAAUAAAUAAAUUUAAAUAAAUAAAACAGAGUAGAACACUUGUAUGCCAGUUUCCCCCCAAAAGAAAUAAUUUAAAGCAAUAUACAAUAAAUAAUUAUGAAAAAUUGUGCUAAAAAGCAAUACAGUAAUACAAAACUAAUGGUGAUAAAACAAUCUAAUUCUACAUGAUUAUUCAAAUGUUCACCCUCCAUAGCAACUACAUUUUCACUUACUCUCUGGAUUCAUUUAUGCUCUUGAAUGAAUGAAUGAACGAAUGAACUUUAUUACGGUCACAGACCAGCAUAAGAAAAACAUAUAAUAAAAUAGCGGUUAGGAUUUAAACAGAUAAUUGUUAGAGCAAAUAAGGAUGAAGAAACAAGCAUAGGAUAAAACAUAUGAAUAAAAUAUUAGAUUAAACACUGAUAAUGGAUGAAUAAAGACUGAUAAUUAAAACAGAUAAAAGCUAAGAAAAAAAACAAAUAAAAAACAUGCAAUUUAAACAACUGUAAGAAGCAAAACUUAAGGGAAGGCAGGCCCUGCAAUAUGGGCCGUCAGUUUAGGACUGGUUUGUGACACAAACCAUCCUUCGGUGAAUAUCCAUCAUGGCAAAAAAUCUAGAAACUGAGUAUGUGACAUCUGGGUUUUCAUCCUGGAGUAGUAGGGAGAUGUUAAGUUGUUCUGUACGUCCUGAGGAUUUUUGCAGGAUAGGCAGGAUAAACCUGGCCCGUAUGUCUAUGUAAUACAGUGGUACCUCUGGUUAAGAACGUAAUUCGUUCUGGAGGUCCGUUCUUAACCUGAAACUGUUCUUAACCUGAGGUACCACUUUAGCUAAUGGGGCCUCCUGCUGCUGCCGCGCCGCUGCCACUCAAUUCCUGUUGUUACUGGGGCCUACUUUGGGAGGUUCGCUAUGCUUUCGGGAAUUUGGCCUUACCCAUCAGCUCUAUCCCUGUAGAGUUCCUGAAAACGUGUCUCCCAAAUCCUUGACGGGAUAUAGGAUUCUGCCACUAAUGGUUUGUUAGGUUGGGAGAGCCUUAUGAUGUUCCAGAAGAGAGCUGCAUUAGGGUUCUGUAGGAUGAGGUCUGCAACGUAUCCUUCCAGCUCACUCCAUUGGGCUCUGAUAUCAGAUUUUUGGCACAUUGGGGGCAUGUAGGCAUUUAUAAAUAGUAGAGCCUUCUCAUUGAGGUGGAGCAUAGUAGCCAUGGCAAGUGUCUUAAGGGAGGGGAGGGGCCUUGGUGUAGAGCCAAUGUUGGUAGAGAUAAGGGUCCCCAACCCCCCUUUUGCUCUGCCAAGCCUCUUCCCUGGUUCAGCUCUGGUUGUAAAGGAAUUAUAUCCAUUUAAUGAUAUGUCAUCCCUGGCCCAGGUUUCCUGAAUCAAGAUGAUGUGAUGUUGUGAUAGAAAAUCAGUGAAGCAAGUACCCCUGAUAGAUGCAGCCCAUCUGGCUACAUUCCAGGUUUGGAGGGUGACCUUAUACUGGCUUGUUGGCUGUCAGUCCCUCUUUCCCUCAUGGGAUGGUUGGGGGGCUAUUAGUUCCUACUGUGCCUUUGGAAGUAUUAGGGAGGCAUGUGCUGCAAAGUGGGGAUCUUUGACUAGCAAAGAGCCAACUUCCUGAGCAGGGACCUCAUUUGUCCUGUUCUGCCAGAGAGGUAGUGGGGGAAACUGGUCCUCCUGUUUAACAGUGAGUAUCUGGGCACCAGUUGGAUUGUGAGUUUUGGAGGCAUUAGGCAAAAGUCCAUGUGUAGCCUGGGUACUAUUGUGUGGUUCCAACUGUCUGUCGGUGACAUGGGGUUCCUUGAAGGUUAUUAACAUGGGAGUGUCAGGGUUGUCAGAGUCCCCCUCUUCAUCUCUGUCACUUGGGAAGAGAUCAGUCAGAUGCACACAUGGCCUUCUUCAUGAUGGGGAGCUGUUGGUCAUAUUUAAAUGUUGUGUUUACAGUUCCAGUGUCCUUACGUCUAGAGUUGAAAUUUCAGACUUAAUGCUUACUAAUCUCCUCUUCAGCUCUUGUAGUUCUAAACUCAGGGUUUUAUUCACCCUUCGUGCAACUGGCAUUUCUGUUAUUUCAUUUAGUUUCACUUUUCAACAUUGGCUGUGAUUCUCUGCCAGAGAUAAGCUGUCUCACUGUUUCAUCCUUGAAGACCCUUAUCAGGGGAAGGGAGUGAGUCCGCCAUAAGAUGUUUUUCAUCUGCAUAAGUCGGGAUGGGAGGGCUGGUUUGCUAAAAGUGAUAAGUAAAUAUAUAGUAUUUCAUAUGCUGGGCAGAAAGUAGAAUUUUUCCAGAUCUACUUUUUGAUAGUGGCAGUUCAGAAGCUGGGAUAGGGAUGUCAUGAUUGACCUGUGUUUCGCCCAUCUGUGCACAUUGAGGUGAAUCUCGAGCAUUAUCUGAUUCUUUUGAAGGACUUGGCAAGAUCUUGUUACAUCCGGGACUCGGGUUGUUGGAUCGAUGAAGCAGCUGUGCCUUGUCAUCCUUUUAACCAUUUGAGAGUUUGUGGAGGGGGAGCACAUGUCCAAAUUUUCCUCUAUAUUAACUAAUUUAGUCAGAAUUUCAUUCAGUCUUUGAAGAACUAAGACCAUGGUUUCUGCAGACAUUAUGCAAAUUUCUUGGUAGGGGUGUAUGUUAGAAAUCUGUUUAAUACAAGCUCCUCCACUGUCUUGUUCUAAAGAGAUGGGUGGGCCAGCAUUUGGGAUAGGGGGAACCCCUCUUGUUCCUAACCUCUGCGUCGGAUUAUCUAAUUGCCUCCCUGAAAGGGAGGGGGUUCCCAUGACAUCGUUACUUAUUAUUUGUUUGGUUUCCAAUCUGGGGAUGAAGGUGUCGAUUUUCAGCUGCUUCUCUGCUUUAGAGGAUAUGUGAGUCCCAAUUAUGCUGUUUGGGCUAUUCCUGCCUCAUUUUUCCCUUCUGGCAGCCAUUCCAGUAAAGUUAGCAGAGUUCUACCAAGCUGGAGUCUAGUCUUUGCAGCAAUGUGUUAGUCCAAAAUUUUAGCCAGUAGACAAAACUGCAGGUCAGUCACAGAGGCAGGCUUCAUUGAGCGUCCAUUGUUGGGGUAAGUCAGGUUGAGCAGUAAAACAAUACAAUAAUAAACUAAAAACAAGGAGAGGCGAUAAGGCAGCCAUUAAGAUGUUAAAAAUGUGAGAUUAGAAUCAGGAAAUGGCUAAAAACUACUUAAAAGCUUAACUGAAGGCAGGAGCUCUGACUAGGCUGCUGUCUCAGUCGCCAUCUUGGAUCUUUUUGCUCACCUAAUUAUUGAUCUUCUAUACCUUUUAAAUAAUUAAAUUGAGAGUUUACAACCCCAAAUUUCUAAAUGAAAAUUGGGGCGGCAUUAAAUGCUUUAAAUUAAAAAAAACAGAAUAGAGCACUGACAUGCCACUUUCCCCAAAAAGAAAUAAUUAAAGGCAGUAUACAAGACACAAUUAUGAAAAAAGUGCUAAAAAGCAAUACAGCAAGACAAAAUAAUGGUGAUAAAGCAAUCUGAUUUGGUCCAUUGCAACUACAUUUUCACUUACUCUCUGCAUUCACUUAUGCUCUUUAUUUAUUUCUUCCGUUUGUUCUCUAGGUGAACUUCCUGCUCCUGAUUUAUUCUUGAACGCAACUUCGGUUCCUGAAGGGGAAAUUAUUGCAGUACUCUGUACGGCUCCAUCAGAGGUCAUGGUGACCAGAUUUUUUUUCUGUAAAGAUGGGGCUCCUAUUUCAUUCAAGAAAGCAACAUCUCAAAAUGCUCGAUACAUCGUAAAUGCAUUGCCGAAGAAUACUGGCCAAUAUUCCUGUGGUUACCAGCAGAAGGAUGCAAAGAACCAAGAGAAGACUUCUGCCCUCAGUGUUGCUCAGGAUCUGAUUCUCCAGUCAGGUAAGAUUGUAGAAAUGAUCAGACUAGGGACCUGCAAGAGAAUGUUGCAUGGUGGGACAGUCCUGUUUAGAGUUCCAGCUAGCCAGCCAUGCCAUAUUUCAGCACAGUCCAUUUCUAUGCCCCCACCACAACAGUUAAUCAUAGCCACAGAGCAUGUUCAGACUUCCCGGGAGCACAUUCAUAUAUUUAUCUAAAAGAAAAUAGGUGCUGUUUUGCCCCUAUGCAACCAAUGUUGGAGAAUCUGGCCAAUAGCAUAGAGAUGAUAGCACUUCUCCAGGGACACUGUUUAAUGGCCUAUUAAAAAAUAGGUAUUGCUAUUAGGCAGCUUAUCAAAAACAUUCAUGAUUAAUGUGUCAAGCCUCUAGGGAUGGGGCUUAGAUCAGCCUAAAUCCAUCCUGUUUCAUUCCUUUUGGCACAUCAUGUUUUUCUAAAGAGUGCAUGAAAGGUUACAUGUGUUCUUCCAUCCAUCUAAGUCAUACUUUGAGUAGGCCCAAUGAAAUGAAUGGCUCUUAGUCAUAACCAGUGAUUUUUAGUUCAAAUGAAACAAUUUAGUUCAAAUUGUAAUGAUGCACAUUAAUAUAUACAUUAUAUUCCAAUGGUACGUAAGCAGCAUUACUGAGUAAAAAUAUUUACUUAUUUAUUUGUUUAUUUGUUUGAUUGUUUGUUUUAGUAUGCCAUUUUAAAUCUUAACACAGAAACAAAAUAAUGCAAUUUACUCAAGCACAAUCAUGAAAAGAAAAUAUUUUUUAUCAUUUCCUGUCAGAGAUCGUUAAUACCCUGAGACCACAAUAAUAGAAUAUUUUUGUCACUGUAGAAACUUUGAUAGCACUCUUGAUGUCAAUGUCUGAAUUUUUCUCCAUUUUUGACAAAGACCAGUGAUUGCCAUCAAUCAAGCCGGUUGGCUAUACAGUGGUACCUCAGGUUAAGUACUUAAUUCGUUCCGGAGGUCCGUUCUUAACCUGAAGCAUCACUUUAGCUAAUGGGCCUCCUGCUGCCGCCAUGCUGCUGGAGCACAAUUUCUGUUCUCAUCCUGAACAAAGUUCUUAACCCGAGGUACUAUUUCUGGGUUAGCGGAGUCUGUAACCUGAAGCGUAUGUAACCCGAGGUACCACUGUACAGAGGAAAAUGGAUAAAUAGUUUAUUUAUUCAAAAACAUGAGGGUGGAGUAAUACCUGAUUUAGGCUUGCCAUAUUUCAAACAGUAAAAUUCCUGACACCCUAGCCUUCCUCCAAAAAACACACGGGGGGAGGAAGAUGAGGUCAGGAUAACCAAGUCAUAUUUAUUUUCCACCAUCCUCCUACUCCUCAGUUGGUACUACUGCAUGUGGGGAGUCAGGGGGCACAAGCACCCUUUGGGUCUCCCAUGUAAUGGGGGACAUUUCUUCUGCUGCUCGGGGGGGCAGACCCCCGCCCCCAAAAAAACCCUGGUUGCCACACGUACAGGAAAAUCCAGACACCGCUUAAAAUUCAAAAAUUCCCCCAGGAUCCCUUUUUAGGCAUCUGAUUUCCUUGCAUAUCUGGAAUUUUCAGGACAUAUGGCAAUCCCAGCCUGAUUUAGGUGGGGCCAAUUUUGGCUUUGUGAGGGAAACCAAAUGAAGACUCUUUUUUGCAUGACCAGGCCACAACAGCCCCAGCCCCCAAGGAUCAUAGGAAAGGAACAAAGACUCUCACAAUGUGUUAUGGAAUUAAAAUUAGGCCACAACUUUAUUAAACUUCCGAAUGUAAGAAGACCUUGGCUUAGGCCUUGGGCGUGUAUACCUCCCAGCCCCCCCCCCCAGCCAGGGGAACUGGGGCACAUCAGGGUAAAUGUGAUAUGGGGGUGCACUGCAAGAUGUAUGUGUACACAAGCAGCCCAGCCCAUAUCCCCGCAUGUAGUUCACUGACGACCUUUCAGUGUAUAGCCAGUGACACCCAUUAUAUAACCCCUUUAAGAGGGAACCCUGGGAUCACCCCCCCCAUAGGUAAAAUAAGACUAAAGGAUUCCACCCAAGGCCAUAACCACCAAAGUUGUGACGAAUUGCUAUAGGGAAGACAAAACUUGCCAAUGCAGGAAAAUUUAUUCCCAAUCCUUCAACAGCAACCAAUCAAAGACCAUAGCAGCACCCACUAAACAGUAAGAAAAAAUUAACCUGCAAACAAGAAAACAUUAAACAAAGGGAGGGGAGGGUGGGAGAAUCUUCUGAGCCAACUGCCUGGCUACUUUCGGCUUCACCCCCUAUAUAUAAAUGGGACUGGCCUCAACUCCCAGCAAGAAACUUGAUUACUGAGGCUGGACAUUAACCUCCAAUUAAUAAUGCUGAGAGGCAGGCCAGCCCCUGUUUGCCAGUAUGUUCCCUGGGAACUGUAGCACCGUGCGCGAUCCCACAAAGGGCACCCACAAUGUAAAGUGUGAGUGCUCAUUCUUCUUUGAUCUAAUUCAGGUUGCUCUUCUUUUUUGACAGGGUCAAAUCAGAAAAUUAUAUAUGGAGUUGUGGGUGUUACCAUUCUGGUGUUGGUACUUUUGAUCUACCUUUUGGUCAAGAAAGGUGAGUGCUGGUAACCUGAAGCAAUGAUAAUCUACCACGAAAAGGGUUGAUUUUUCAAGUAGGAACAACAUUUGAACUGAAACUCAGCUUUCCUUCAAAACACACACUUGCAAUGCAAGUCUCCAACCAAAAAUGUCUUUACUUUCUAUGUGUGUGCAUAUAUGUGUGUGUGCACGCACAUGCACAGGUAUGGGAGAAAUUGUGCACAAACAUGUAUAUGUUAGCAAAAAGAAAGUACAAAACUGAAUUCUGUUAGGGGAAAUUGUAUCCAUUUAGAGGAGUGUGCAUUUAGAGGAGUGGCUUCAACUGCCACUCCUCCUUCAUGAAACUGCCCCCUCCUUCCAAUUUUGUGAUAGGGUUGCCAUAUUACAAAAAGUAAAAACCAAAAACCACCCCUGAAGUUGUCGAGCUUUUCUUUUCUUUUCUUUACAAAAACGCCCCCCCACCAAACACCGCCUUUUGGAAAUUACAUCCAGAUGACAAUUCCGCCUUUGAAAUACCUAAUUUAUGACAGCUUCUUUGCCUCUCUUCUUUUUUUGUUUUAGUGCUGUGUCGUCAGCUAUCUUCAAGGCAGGACAGAGUCAACACUGAGCACAUUCCUUUUGAUUAUGUGUAAGAUUUUCAUUUCUUCAUUCGCUUUAUUUGUAUGCCACUUUUCCACAAAAAAAUUAUGCUCAAAGCAGCAUAGAAAGAAAGAAGGCAGGAAUUUAUUUCAAGCACUCCAAAAACAAGGUCAUUGUUAACAUAGCAAAACAAUAUUUUUUCAUGCACUAUGUUCUUUGUUCAGCCCUAUUGUUGAGAAUGUGUGGGGAUUUUUGUUUCUUGUUUUUUACACUUUCUCCUAAGCUGUUUUCCGGCAAGGCCCCUGCAUCUCCCCACUGCCACUGUUGGACAAAUAGCAGACGGAUUUAGAUCAGAGACAUGGUACAGGGGAAGAAAAUACAUGAAUGAACUAACAAGAGCCUUCUGCUGUUGCCUAAACAUUUAUACUGAAGCUUCUGCUUUUAUCGGAUUUAAAGCUUCAUGUGACUAAACCAAGUUUUAAAAUUCAGAUCUCCUGCAUUUUGUAUCAUUCAUGGUUGUGUGAAGGAAGGCAGAUCUCAUCCUUCUCAGAAAAGGCUUUCUGCCUACAGAACCAGUAAAUAUGUAGCAUCACAAAUGCAUUUGUCUCUUGUUUUUCUUAGGGAAGAAACUGCAGUCAAGGACAAUAGCAGAAACCUGGCCUCUGAAGAAGUUCAGUGUAAGAUAAUUCUUUUCUCCCUUUGGACUGAGGGUCAUGAAAACCACAGCUGCAUCACGAAUCAUGCCACAAGUCUAACACACAAUCACAGGAUCUGCAGAAUGUUUAGCAGCUUUAUAUUUUUUGGUCUGAAUAGUUAAGUUUGCAGACUUUGUGACUGUGGGAAAAUGCUCUAAAAACGAGUAUAUACAUGUUUCUGCUGAAAAACUAGGAAGAUAGUUAUGCUCUUCAGCUAAUCACAUGACUGUAAAAUGUGUUUGAAAUAUCUAAAAUGAAGGAUUAAGAACUUUGAAUUCAGGUGUUACUUUUUAGUAUUGCUAUACAAUCCCUUGGAGGUUUCUGUGUGAAAGGCAGAAUUUAGUUUUAGGAUACAAAUAUUAUGUUCUGGAACAUGAAAACCACAAAUUUAAUUAAGUUUUUAAAAAAUCCUUUCACUCUCCAAACCUAAUGGAAGAUACAAUGGUUUUAUUUUGUUAUGCAGCUGCAUUCCAAUGACCUCAGAUGCAAACCCUUGUGUCUCCAGGAGAAACUAGAUUUUUCUGCAGUUAUUUCUAACUCAGUGAAGCUUCUGGUUCAUGCUUACCUACAAAAAUUGUAAUACAUUAUUUGGUAGAAUAGGCUUAUAAAUAGAAGUUGUGGGCUGUGGGAGAGAAUGCUCUCACUGUGGUUCCUAACCCACAUGACGCAUUCAACAAACAGUGACGCCCACAUAGCCAUUUCGGAAGGCUUCUCUCAAUGUAGCUUUACCAGAACCGCUGAAUUUGAAUGUGUUACUCAUUUCCAGAGAGCUAUUUUUGAAGGCCUAUAGUAUACAACUGUUUCUGUUUCCCUCCCUGACCUCUUAGUCAGAUGCAUUCUCAGGAUAGCACAACCACCCAGACACUGAUGGAUUAUAACUCUCAUCAGACCCAGCCAACAUGCCUUUCCACUCCUGACCCUUGCUGUUGAAUGAAGAACUCAAACUUUCUGUUUCUGCCAAACCCAUUAAUGCAUAGACCUGGGUGAUACCCAGGCAAACAAGAGUAAAGGUACAGCAGAUGAAUUGUAUGGCUUAGUGUGGGCUGAGACAUUAAUCCAAGAAGCUACACAUACCCUGCCUCUUCCUUUUGAAGAGUAGGACAGAAACAAGUCUUGACAUAGGAAACAAGAGGUAUUUCUGCUCUGGAAAAGCAAACUGAGAAAGCAAAUUGGCACUUUGGUGAGUGAAUGGGGCCUGUGAGGUAUGUUUAUGUCAGUGCUGACUGAUUCUCAGACACCUUUUCCUGGAGAAGCUCAAUACUAGCAGAACAGACAGGAGGUGUCAGUGAUGGCAAUGGUCCUUGAGGAGCUGCGUGGGCAUUGUUGUAUUUGAAGCAAAUGAUAGCUUCAAGAAAGAGCCUUGUGAUCAGGGAUGAACCACUCCUAAAAGGCUGAUACAUGUUACAAAUGUACACAAUACACAUAAGUACACAUACUUAUACACAUCCUUGAAGUUGUAUUGUGUGACUAGACUAACUGUGAAUUUGUCUUCAGAUGCCACACUUAUGGGACUCCAUCAAACAGUGGUGAGUAAAAUGUCUCAGCCAAAUCUGGGGUGAUCUGUCUUGGUACAGUAGACCAUAUUCAAUUCUGACUUUGACUAGUUUAUAAAGUGUACCAGACAGCCUCCUACCCCUGAACCCAGGACUGUUCAGGGGUAGGAGGCUGUCCAGUACACUUGCCCCAGGACUCGGAGGGCUAAGCUGGCUGGGGGGGGGGCGCCAGGGGCCUGCGGGACUUACACUGUUGUGCCAAGAACUUUAUUCUAACAAAACUUCCUCCGUGAGCCUCAGACAAGCUCUGCAUUGGCCUGGUAUUACCCAAGGAAGUGGACUAUUGUAGCCUGCCCCACUCAUACCCCCUCUGGGUCCACUUAUGUACCAAGAACCCUGGAAUACUGUGUAAAACUACAAAUAUAUUCCAGAAAGGUGAACAGUUUUUUCUUGCCAUAACAACAAUUGACCCCAAAUUACUUCUGCCAAAAAGCCAAUAUCAGUAGGUAACUAUUUUUUUUCCAAUUUCCAAGCGAUCACCACACCGAAAUACAGAAACAACAACCUAUGCAUCUGUUACUCCAUUGUACAUGCAACCUGCCUGA